GGACACAGAAGGCAAAAGGACUUGGCUGCCUGAAACCUUCGUGCGUCGCUCCGCUCCGUUCAUCAUGUUGUUAUUAUUAUAGUUUGGAGCUCGCUUGCCUCUUUCUGGGUUUUUUUUCCCCCGCUGAAGCCUUUGAGUCGACUGGUACCGUGAGGUGGACUCGAAACCUCUGUUCUGCCAGAGUUUAAAAAAGAAAAACAGCAGAAAAAAAAGACAAGAAUGCAACAUCGGUGUAAUUUUCUGCACCGAUUUCUAGGAUAAGGUGGUUUGAACUGUCGGACUUUAAGCUGUUGUUCUCCUCGAUGCACGGCCACUAGAGAAGAGAGAAAAGAAAAACGGAGAAAAGCGCUGCAGCGUUACAAGUAGGGGAUCAUCAUCCAGGACCCAAAAGAGAGUCAUAGGGUCUCACCCUAAAACCCGAGGAACGAUGACAUCUACGAAAUUCAAGAAGGAUAAGGAGAUUAUAGCGGAUUAUGAGACCCAAGUGAAAGAGAUCCGUAACCAGCUGGUGGAGCAGUUCAAAUGCUUGGAGCAGCAUUCUGAGUCUCGUAUCCAGCUGCUGCAGGACCUGCAGGAGUUCUUCCGCCGCAAAUCAGAGGUUGAGCUGGAAUACUCUCGCAGCUUAGAGAAACUGGCUGAGAGGUUCUCCUCCAAGAUCCGCAGCUCCAGGGAACACCAGCAGUUCAAUGCCCUGGUGGAAGGUGUUCUGGAGUCCCUAAUGGAUUGGAUCACGGCCUGGUCACACGACUCGAGGAUCGAGUCAAGCCCCUCAAGGGCCACACCCAUAGCUGCAGGCGUUCCGGGCUCGGAUGCCAGAUGUGGCCCCCCAGCUGCGACAGCAGGUCUUGCCUCCUGGGAAGGCACCAAGGGACCCCGUCUAAAAGCUUGUGCAUCACUGGAAACCAGAGUCUCCCUGGCCAGUUCGGGGCCACCAACAGGAGCCUGUGGUUGCUCUGCUGCACCCUGUGCAACGUCACAGUUAUCAGUGGGAAUGGCGGAAAGGCAUAGAGGAGACAAUCUGGCCACGGCUGUGCCAGGGCAUCCUUUCCCAAUGGACUCGUUUCCUCCCCCAGUGAAAACCAAAGGGAGCAGUGGGUUGUGGACUCUGAGGCAAACAGGUCCACUUCUGCUGUGCCAUAUUUGCCCCAUAUCUCCUCUACCACCCCCAGGUGGAGUCUCCACUCCCCCGCGGGAGGCGUCUGGUGGGAGAGGCCACUCACUGUCCUGUGCUGCCACACUGCCCCCCACCCUGUGGGCGACGCAUCGGUUACCACUACCUCCCGACACAAUGGGAUCAACCCCAUCUGAUCCCACUGAAAACUGGGGGCUGGCGUCGGAACUGAAGAUUGUACCCUCGGGAGAGUGUGGCCACCACCCAAGGGUCUGUAGUGCAGCUUUCCCAGCAACUGAGGUGCUGCUGGGAGAAGCAUCCGACAGCCGGCCGCGGGCCCUCAGGGUCUGCUCCCCCGACCCUUCGGAUCCCCGACCCCCGACCCCUCUGCGUCUGAGGCGCAAACCGUGUUGGCGCCUGAGGGCGGUGAUGAAAACAUACCACAUGUACCACACUGAGAGCAUCAGCGCAGAGAGCAAGCUGAAGGAUGCUGAGAAGCAGGAGGAGAAGCAGUUCAGCAAGUCCGGAGAUCUCAACGUUAACCUGCUGCGCCAUGAGGACCGCCAACCAAGACGUAGCUUUGUCAGGAAAAUUGAGAAGAUGAAAGAGAAGGUGAUGAAAACAUACCACAUGUACCACACUGAGAGCAUCAGCGCAGAGAGCAAGCUGAAGGAUGCUGAGAAGCAGGAGGAGAAGCAGUUCAGCAAGUCCGGAGAUCUCAACGUUAACCUGCUGCGCCAUGAGGACCGCCAACCAAGACGUAGCUUUGUCAGGAAAAUUGAGAAGAUGAAAGAGAAGAGGCAAGCCAAGUACUCAGAGAAUAAGCUGAAAUGCACAAAAGCCCGGAAUGACUAUUUGUUGAACCUGGCAGCAACAAAUGCAGUUGUGGCAAAAUAUUACAUCCAUGACGUCUCUGAUAUGAUUGAUUGCUGUGACCUGGGCUACCACGCUAGCUUGGCACGCACAUUCAGGACUUACUUAUCUGCCGAGUACAACUUGGAGACAUCACGCCAUGAGGGACUGGAUAUCAUAGAGAAUGCAGUGGACAACCUGGAUUCCCGCAGUGACAAGCACAAGAUCAUGGAUAUGCAUAACCAGGUGUUCUGUCCUCCCAUGCGCUUUGAGUACCUGCCACACAUGGGAGAUGAGGUGUGCCAGGUGAGCGCCCAGCAGCCCGUCCAGACUGAACUCCUGAUGCGUUACCACCAACUGCAGUCUCGCUUAGCUACGCUAAAGAUUGAGAAUGAGGAGGUGAGAAAGACCUUGGAUGCCACCAUGCAAACGCUGCAGGAUAUGCUGACGGUAGAGGACUUUGACGUGUCGGAUGCCUUCCAGCACAGCCGCUCCACUGAAUCCAUUAAGUCUGUGGCCUCAGAGUCUUACAUGAGCAAGCUGAAUGUAGCCAAGAGGAGGUCGAACCAACAGGAGACUGAAAUGUUCUACUUUUCAAAAUUCAAGGAGUUUCUGAAUGGCAGUAACCUCAUCAUUAAGCUGCAGGCUAAGCAUGACCUACUGAAGCAAACACUGGGUGAAGGGGAAAGGGCUGAGUGUGGAACUACAAGGCCCCCCACCCUUCCCCCUAAACCACAGAAAAUGCGGAAGCCUAGGCCACGCUCCAUGUAUAACCAUAAGCUGUUUAACGGCAAUAUGGAGACCUUCAUCAAGGAUUCAGGUCAACCAAUCCCACUUGUUGUUGAAAGCUGUAUCAGAUACAUCAAUCUGUAUGGCUUGCAACAGCAGGGCAUAUUUCGUGUGCCAGGAUCACAGGUGGAAGUCAAUGAUAUUAAAAACUCAUUUGAGAGAGGUGAAGAUCCCUUGAUUGAUGACCAGAAUGAGCAUGAUAUCAACUCAGUGGCAGGGGUGCUGAAGCUUUACUUUAGAGGACUGGAGAACCCCAUCUUCCCAAAGGAGCGCUUCCUGGACUUCAUCUCCACCAUCAAGCUGGAGUCGGGAGCCGAUAGAGCGCAUCACAUCCAGCAGAUUGUUGUGACUCUUUCUCGCACCGUCAUAAUCGUCAUGAGAUACCUUUUUGCUUUUCUCAAUCAUCUCUCCCAGUACAGUGACGAGAACAUGAUGGAUUCAUACAAUCUGGCAAUCUGCUUUGGUCCAACCCUUAUGCCCAUCCCAGACGGACAGGAUCCUGUAGCGUGCCAGGCACAUGUUAAUGAAGUCAUCAAGACCAUCAUUGUCCAUCAUGAACUCAUCUUUCCCAGUCAACGUGAGCUGGAUGGCCCAGUGUAUGAAAAGUGCAUGACUGGGGGAGAGGAGUACUGUGACAGCCCCCACAGUGAACCAGGAACUAUUGACGAGGCUGACAAUGGAACUGAACCACACACCAGUGAUGAAGAGGUUGAACAGAUCGAGGCCAUCGCUAAGUUCGACUACGUGGGACGCAGUCCCAGGGAGCUGUCCUUCAAGAAGGGAGCCUCUCUGCUUCUGUAUCACAGAGCUUCUGAAGACUGGUGGGAGGGCCGUCACAAUGGUGUGGAUGGCCUCAUCCCACAUCAGUACAUUGUAGUACAAGACUUGGAUGAUGCUUUCUCAGAUAACCUCAGCCAAAAAGCAGAUAGUGAAGCGAGCAGUGGACCAUUGCUGGAUGAUAAGGGUUCAUCCAAAAAUGAUGUCCCGUCACCAUGUGAACAAUCACCUGAUUACAACUUUGGAGGAGUCAUGGGGAGGGUAAGGUUACGGUCCGAUGGAGCUGCAAUCCCACGUCGCCGCACUGGCACAGACACCCACAGCCCAACCAGAGUGGCUGACACUCCGCCACGGGCUGCAGCCUGUCCCAGCAGCCCCCACAAGGUGUCCAUCAGCAAAGGCCGUAUGGAGAGCCCAGAAAAGAGGCGUCUUGGCACCUUUGGCAGUGCGGGAAGCAUCAACUACCCAGACAGGAAGGCCUAUCCUGAGGGCCACCCUCUGAGACCGGUUCCAGGGGCCACUCGUCACAGCAGCCUUGGGGACCACAAAUCACUGGAGACUGAAGCUCUGGCCGAGGACAUCGAGAAGACUAUGAAUACAGCACUCCAUGAGCUACGUGAGCUGGAGCGACAGAACACCGUUAAGCAGGCUCCCGACGUGGUGUUGGACACCCUGGAGCCCAUGAAGAACCCAGUUAGCUCCGAGCCUGGCAGUCCACUGCAUACCAUUAUGAUCCGUGACCCAGAUGCAGCCAUGCGCCGCAGCAGCAGCUCCACCUCUGAGAUGAUGACCACCUUCAAACCUGCUCUCUCCGCCCGGCUGGCUGGGGCUCAGCUGCGCCCCCCGCCCAUGAGGCCGGUGCGUCCUGCUCCCAACCAGCACCGCUCGAGCAGCUCCAGCUCUUCAGGGGUCGGCAGCCCUGCUGUAACUCCCACUGAGAAGAUGUUUCCAAGUAAUAACACUGGUUCUAAUAUGAAUACUUCCAGUGAUGCCGGGGAUAAGUCUGGUACCAUGUAGCAAAAGUGGAAUCUGCUAGGAGGGAAGGUUGUAAAGUUUUCCAAGUUAGGGGAAAGCUUACGGAAAUGGGCGCUGAUGUGUGAAGAGCAGAUAUGAAUAUUUUGCUCUCUGUUUUCUGCCUGACUUAAUUCAUAUAUUCAGGAAGCUCCUGAAGCGAGCCUACAGUACAGUGUGUUACCAUGGUGAUAACAUGGUGGCAGAAGCUGUAGAGGUGUCAUCGCGUAAAGCUCACCUCUCUUUGAAACUUGAUUUAACUACAGAAAAUGUGUAUAAGAAUACACAUCUUUCAGUUUUACCUCAGUUUCAACAAAAAUCUGUGCCCAUGUUCUGCUCUCACAGAUACAAUAAAUGCAAGUGAAGCAAUACUUGUGUGAAAUUUGGUAUUAGUUUCCACCCAGCACACAUUGUCCAGCAGAUGUUUCAGUCAAUCCUACUGGUUUAUGAAACGCCUCAUCUGGACGGGUGUAAACAUUCAGGCUAAAAUACCAUGUCUGUUUACCAUUUAGGUCACAGGCCUUAUGGCUGUACAUACAAACUUACUUGAAGUCGCCAUGCUUUCUGUUUGUACUAUAAUACAGUGGCUGUUCAGCAAAAUAACAACUUAGUUAUAUACGUCUGCAUGCAGGAUUUGGAGUACAAUGAAAGAUUUGUAAUGAUGUUUUUUUUCUCAUAUGGUCAUUGUAAGCAUAAAAUAUUAGUUUGAAACCUAAUUUUUAAAGAUGGAACAAAAAUUAUCUAAAAAUCACGUUUCAGAUGUCCAAAUAUUUGACCAAGUAACACUUUGGGAUCUUACAGUAUUAUGUUUUAAAUCUACUGGUACUCAAAAUGUUGUACCUGAAGUCAUCGCGUUCACUGCUAAAGAUAAAAGCAUCUCCGCAUGGAAAUGAUCACUGAACUCUUAGACAUGCCAGUCAGAACUAAACAAAGCAAGUCAUCCUCUACCAUCAUGUAUGGUUGGACUGUGGGCAGACUUAACGUGGCUGCUUCCAUGUUUUUUUUUUCCUUCUAUGUCCUGUAUAUGAAAUGCAGAAAACUAAUGCACCAACUAAUGUAGGAACUCUGUGGUAAACUUGUACAUAAUAUAUAGCUAGUAAUUUUUUAAAUGUUAAUCUUGUACAGGCUAUUAUGAAAAAGGCAAAGGGUUAGCUGUGAAGCACGUGUUAAGAUCAUAAACCACCUUUUUAUCAUCUUCAGUAAACUACAAACAUAUUCUUUGGCUGUUCUGAUAUCGAGGUCCAAAAACUAAGCUUGCCAGGGGGAUCUGGGGGCAUGCAAUUGGAUAACAGAAGCUUUAAAACCAUGUGUGCAGUAGUAUUGGCACACCAAAGUAAUGUUAUUUUUAGGCAAUUAUUAUAUACACCCCAGAAAAAUACAGAGGUCCGGACUUGACCUCAAAGAUGAGUACAGCCAAUUGGCACAAUUACCACUGCAUUUGGCAAUAGUACUUUAGAAAACUGAUUGCUGUUGAACAGACAACAAAGGCUGAAUAAAUGUUUUCUCCAUUAUGUUUUUGACGCACUCAGUUUACAAAGCUUGAUCCGUUUUCUCAGUCUAAUUUGGGUAAUUUUAUUAUUGAAAAAAAAGUACCCUCUGACAGUUCCUCUUUCAAAUUUAAAAUGUGAUUCUCACCCACGGGAACCUGAGAAAUAUGAUGUUGUGAGAUACGAAUAUGACAGCUGUUUCCUUCCUUCCUGCGUUUUUCUUAUCUUCGCUGAUAGAUACAGUUAUGCUCUGACUGUAGACUAUUUCUUUUUUGUUGGAAGAAAACUAAAUAGAGCACAUUUCGUUGUGUUUAUAUCUACUGUACCUCUUGUCAUUCUGACAGCUCUUGUCCAGAGACCUUGUUAUCCGCAUCCCAAAGAGCCUGCUCUGUUCUGCAUGUUUUGUGCUGUAAUGUCUGACUCAUAUUCUGGGGCAGUUAAACAAUGGCUGUAUGUGGUGCCAUGCCUUGGUAAAACGCACAAUUAAUUCAAUAUUGGAUGUUUGGGUUUUUUUCCCCCUAAGAAAUGGGCUCUGGCAUUUAUGGGGACUGGGAAUGAUGAAUUAAGCUGCUUGUAGCAGUUUCUAAAAUAGAAGUGAAAGAGAACAAUGCUUGAUUGAGCAAAAGAAACUUAAAUAUUAGCAUGCAAUCCAGGCCCUGAUUCCACUGUCAACUGCAGUGUUGCUUGUUGUCAAUGUAUUGUUUGCUCUUUAGUUGUCAGAGACAGAUUUAUAAAUGUCCAGUGUGAAGAACAGAGAGCUAUUACAACCAGAAAAAAAGAAAUACAGCAUUUAAAGUCAUGCAGUGCAGUCACAUCCUCUGCUGGUUUCGGCUGGUAUUGCGUCCUUAUACGUCACUUUAUGUGGGCAUUAUAAGUAUGAUCUGCAGCUGAUAUUACAAUCACUAAAUGUAUCCAUAAAAUUCUAUUUGUUUGUUCUGGUUACAGUUUUGCGCCUAAAUCUAUGAAGAUAGCCUACUAUUACAGAAAAGGACAUACAUUUAUUAAAAUACAAAGCAAGUACACACUUUCAAAAGGGGAAUUAUCAUCCUUAUAUUUAACUAGACUGUUGUUGUUUUUUAAUUUAUAGACACUUAUAUAAGUGGAGCAGACAAUUUGAGUGCCUUUUGUGCACAACUUCAAUUUUUAUUGUACUUUUGUAUUUACUUUUUUAACUGUAAAUUGUGUCUAUUAGUUGUCAUGUUUAUUAUAAACUGACUGGCUUUUUUAUCUUUACUUUCUAAACUCAGUUGUCAGACCUCCAUAAGGAAUAAAUGGUGUAAAGAUGUUCCUUUUGUGAAUUACAGAAGAAUCAUCAUGAAAUGCUCGCCUGUGUGUAGGUGAUUAUAAAAACUACUGUAUACACAAUCUACUGGUGAAGUUCAGUAGAAUCAUCUCAGAACAUUUCUUUCAUCUUUUUGUUUUCCGUGUGAACUGCUUGUGCUGUGUUUGAGCCGUUAACUCUUGUCUCUUAGCUCCUUCCCUUUUAAAGCAAAAUCAUUGCAGUAUUGUUGGAAACAGUGGGACUGAUAUGGACCCUCUUCUUGCAGAGGUUAUAAGGCACGUGGUGCACUCUCCUUUUCCCUACAUGUGAUGUGACACAGACAUUUUCUUUCCUGGGAUGUGUGCUGAAAUGGGUAUCACUGUUUGUCUGCUGACAUGCGAAGACAUUACGUUAAUAUUAAAAAAUGACAUUACAGUAAGAGAGCAGACUAAAAGCCUGUCAUGUUGUGGGGACCGGAGUGUGAGUUGCUGUCACUCUGUUUACCUUCUCUUUAAUUGUUUGUCUAGUGAUGCUGUUUGUUGAUGAGUGUCUGGUUGGUUGAAACCCUGUGAUGUAAUGUACACCAUACCACUGACUGGAUGUUGAAAACCCCUGCAUCCAAAUAAAACCAUUAUUGCUCUGUGA